CAUCUACACUUGAAAAAUUGGAAUUUGGGAUUCUGUCACUCCGUAGCCAUUGAAUUCAAACACCAAAGCAAAGAUGCAUAAGCGAUCGCUGGUUUCUCUCUUCAAUUUGUUCCGGAGACACCAUUUUCAACCUUUUCCACAACCCAUAUAUGCAUUUUCUCUCGAAUCGCUCUCAUCGAUUCCGACUCGACUCGUUCCCAGUUCAAUCCAACCUCUGAACCUCAAAUUUCUUCACACUUCCACCUCAAAUCUUUACACAUACGCCCAUUCACUUUGCCAAAACCUCGACGCCUGGCACACGACUUAUAAAACUCGGAGAAAAUACAGUACUGAGUCGGAAGGUGACCCAUUUCCCGCGUUGGAUGUGAACAAAGAGGUGGACAUGAUAAAUCUCAAGUUUGCAGAAGCAAGAGAGGAGAUAGAAAUGGCAAUGGAGUCAAAAGAGACUGUGUAUUUCAACGAAGAGGCGGAGUGUGCACGAACUGCAGUGAAAGAAGUGCUGGACAUGUUUGAGGGGCUACUGGGGAAGUUGCCAGGGAGCGAAAAGGCGGCUUUGCAAAGAUCAAUGGGGCUCAAGAUUGAGCAGUUGAAGGCUGAACUUCUACAGAUGGAUGACUAAUGAGGUUGGUGAUAAUGGGUUCUGGUCGAAUUUCCUUUGGUGCAAUCAUUUUUUGGGUUCUGGAUCAUGUACUAUGUUUUCGUUGAGCUUAUUGAGGAUAAUUCAAUAUCGAUGUCAUCGCUGAAAAGGGAUUUUGUGAUGGAAAGUUAAUUUUAGUUAAUAUAGACGAUUUUGAUUUGAAUAAUGGACUAGGAGUUCGUUCCUGAAGUUCAAUUAUCUUAUAGCACUAA